UUUCAGAUAACGCAGAAAGGACGCAGGUCUACACACGUACAGUCUACCUGAGAAUAAACACGGAAUGCUGACACGGUAAUACUGAAGCUUUAAUCAGAAUAAGGCUGGACUGCUGAAGAGCGAGAGUACACACAGGUGUUUUCACUUGCCACUUGUUGCCUCGUUACUCCUGGUUCACCUCCAGUAACCGUCUCUGUGCCUGACCUCAUUGUUUUCUGUUUGUGGCAACCCAUUGUGGGGGAGCUACUACAGAUGACCAACAGUCCCCCGCUUCUGUUCAGCUGAUUUUUGGUGCUGGUAAAAGCAGUACAAAAAGUGAGCUAGUGAAGGGAAGAGUUGAAAACAGGCCGAGAGAGGAGUCGAGGCAGGUUCAGAGACGGUAUCCAUCCAGAUUUCUCCUUCUUCCAACUUCGUCAUCCUCCAUCGUGGCUGCCAGACACACAGUCAUGUUCCUGGUGGUGGUGGUCCUCUCCCUGCCAGGCUUCAUUCACAGCUUCCAACCCCUCUUCUCAUUUGAUGGGAACUCCACCACUCACCGUGACAUCACACAGAGGGCGGUCCUCAGGAAGACGGCUGAGGUCUGCCGAGACAUCGCUGCCUCUGAGGGAAGGGACUUCAGCCUGACUAUUGACGACAGCCUGACCGUUGCCAGGGUGCAAAGGGCCUGUUCCUCUGCAGGUACCUCCACCUCUCUCGUCUCAACUGUCAUGUUCCGAACUUCCAUUGCAAACAUGUAUUUCAGCAACGCUAAGGUGGACGUGGCUUUUGCACUGAGCGAGGAGCACCACUUUGAUGACGAGACCUUCCAGGGAGGGCGUGAUAUCAUCACGGCAGGCGUGUCUGCCGUGAAGGCCAGUGUGAAGCUGGAGAGCUUCAUCGCAGGGAGGUGGACUCUUGGACGAGUCUGUCAUACCCUACAGGACUUCUACAGCCAUAGUAACUGGGUGGAGCUGGGGAACAAAGCUCCUUACAGCGCUCUGAUCAGACCAGACCAACCUCUCGAGAACCUGGCAGGCCCAAACACUCCGACCUGCAGAAGCUGUACAGGAGGGAACUGUGCAGACAACCUUCUGCCCGAGCUGCUGCAGCAGGGGCUCCUCACCUCAGGCUACUUCAACAUCUUCUCCUCAUCCAAACCUGCGGGUAAAUGCAGCCACGGUGGAUCAUUUGACAAGACAAGCAAACAGGACCCGGUGGGGGGCAUCAGUAAGGACGACACUGGAUCCAGCCAUGGCUCACUUCACCACAAAGCAGCUGAUCUGGCUGUCAAUGCCACUAUGGAGCUACUGGAGGACAUCAGAGUAGCUACCGGAGACAAGAACUUCCUGCGAUUGAUGGGCCUCUCCCAGUCCUCUGUGCUGUGUUUCGUCAUUGACACCACAGGCAGCAUGAGCGACGACAUAAGUGAGGCUAAGAGAGUUUCCUUUGACAUCAUUGACCGUAAGAGGGGGACGGAGCAGGAGCCCUCUGCCUACAUACUGGUGCCUUUCAACGACCCAGGUUUUGGACCGUUGACUAUGACGACCAACGCAGAUGUCUUCAAAGACCGCAUCAACAAACUGACUGCAAGCGGAGGAGGAGACAUCCCGGAGUUGUGCUUGUCUGGACUGCAGCUUGCCCUGACUGCUGCUCCACCCUCCUCUGAGAUCUUUGUCUUCACUGACGCUCCAGCUAAAGAUGCUCAUCUGAAAAGCACCAUCACUGCCCUCAUAGAGAGCACCAAGUCAGUGGUAACUUUUAUGUUGACAGACGUCCUGGCCAGUCGACGGCGCCGCAGAAGCCUUCAGGGUACGAGUCCACGCUCAAUGAGCCAAUCGGACGCCCAGCUGUACCGUGACCUAGCCCGAGCCUCUGGAGGUCAAUCCAUUGAAGUCACCAAGUCCGACCUCUCUCUGGCUACAAGUGUAAUAGAGGACUCAUCAGCCAGUGCUGUGGUGACAGUUUUUCAGGUGGUGAGGAAUCCGGGCAGGCCUGAUAAUUUCACAUUUACCGUUGAUGGUUCUUUAAGGAACAUGACUGCCUACAUCACAGGAGCCCCAUCUCUUACCUUCAAUCUCACCAGCUCCAAAGGUGUAUCUCAGAGUUCCAGUCAGUCCAGUGGUCCUCUGGCAUCCUUCACCACAGCAGGAAACCUGCGUCGUUUGAGCCUCAACACUGACAAUCAAACAGGAUCAUGGGAAAUCAGUGUUGCCUCUAGUAGUCCCUACUCUGUUAAGGUCACAGGUCAAAGUUCAGUGAACUUCAUUUAUAACCUUGUUGAAGCUCAUGAAGGAGCUCAUGGGGACUUCAGUCUAAAGGAGGGACGUCCUCUUUCAGGUGGUAAUGCCAGCCUCUUGGUCUCUGUGACAGGAAGUGACACAGUAAAGGUCACAGAGGUCACUCUGUUUGACAGCUCAGGGCCAACAGAGGUCAACGGAUCGCUGCAGGCGGUGGGAAGUGGCAACUUCCUGGUGACAUUCAGUGGAGUCCCUGCAGGUGACUUUGCGGUUCGCCUGAGAGGAGAGGACAGCAGCUCCUCCUCCAGGUCCACGCAAAGCGGCUUCCAGAGGCAGGCCCCCACUCAGAUCAAGACCUCAAGCAUAUCUGUCACUGCCCAAGCCAACAACUCCAACAUAGAACCCGGCUCAACCAUCUCCAUCCCCUUCACAGUCACCACAACCUCCAACGGAGUCGUUAACAACUCUGCAACCGGCUCGUUCACAGUGCGAGCCAACAAUGACCGCAGCUAUCCUUCAGCUUCACCCAGCACCGUCACAGUGGCAGCGGGCAGUGGGGGCAAAGCCAACGCCACCGUGACCUUAACAGUGCCAGCCAGCGCUACAUCAGGAACAGAUGUGACCCUCACCAUCGAGGCAGAAAACGCUGCUGCUACUGACACCAACUACGCUGUCCUCAGGUUUUCUGUUUCUUCCAAGGUGACAGAUAUUUCCCGCCCAGUGUGUCAGGUGGUCAGCUCAUCAACCAGCUGUCCGUCCUCUUCGUCUCUCUGUGCUUCCUCCCAGUGGAAGUUUGUUGCUAAUCUCACCGAUGGCAUCAAUGGAACCGGCAUCGAGAGCGUCACCGUCCGCCAAGGGAACGGCACCCUCAACACCAGCACAGUGGAUGGAGCAGGGGGCGAGAACAUUACAGUGGCUACCUACAGCGCCUCCUGCUGUGCACAGAGUGUAGAGCUGGCAGUUGUGGACAGAGUAGGAAAUGUGGGCACUUGUGGGGGUCAGGCUCGAGAAUCUACUACAGCCACCCCUGCGACUACAGCUGCAGUCAGCACAACAUCCACUGGAGGGCACACUUUGGGCAUAUCAUACUGUCUCUGGAUCAGUGUUGCUGUUUCUCUGCUUUGGAAGUAACAGGGAGAAAUGGAAGAAACACGCUAAAUGUGGAAUUGCAGCACAUGAAUCAAGUGUCCUCACAAAGACUUUUAUAUCUUUGAUUUGUCUCACAAGGUGUGGUUAAAAUUAAUUUCAAUUUCUUUAAUUCAGAUUCAUUUCUUCAUGCAUAAAUAAUUACAUUUUUUUAUUUGGAACUUUAUUUUAUUUAGCUUUGUGUUUUGGAUAAACAUUUAAGUUUCUUUGAAUGUUUUAUUUGUAUUCCUGGUGGUGUGUAGAUUUGUUGCAGGUGUCAUAAAGUAGAGAGAGCAGUGAUGCCAAUGUUGACGUGCCUAAAGCUGCCUUUGUUGCUGUUUUUUCCCACAAGUAAUUUUUAGGGUUUCAGUGGACAGUUAUAGUUCUCCUCAUGUAUAUCUUCAUAAUAUUUAAAUUAAAGAGAAGCAUGCUUUUUGAUGGCGGUGAGCAACACACGGAACAUCCCUACAGAAGCCUAAGCCUGAAAUCAGACAUGCAUUAUCACUGUGAGGGAACAUUUCAUUCUGAGGAUACAUGUUCACGUUGUUGUAUACCAUCAACCUGUGAAGUACUGCAGAAAAUAUGUUGUGAUGAAAAGGUGGAACUUCCUUUUUCAGGUGUCGCUACUGUAGUUUCUUUCAAUCAGCCCUGUCUACUUCUAUUAAAAGCUAUGAAAACCGA